UAUCAUUUACUAUAAAAAAAACUGUUAAUAGCUAUCAUAUAGUUAUACUGUAGUUACUAUAAUAGCAUAAUCUAUAGUUAGUAGCCAUACAAUAAUAACACCAAUCAAUAAUAAUGUUAAUAUUUGGACAAUUAGUCCAAAUUGUUUUAUUAGUAUUAAUAUCAGUAAAUAUUUUGCUAAUCAAGUCUACCACUGAUCUCUGCGAUGAUACUGUUGGUACAAAUACAACACCGACACCUAGUAGUACUACUCCUACCACUACUAAACCUAAACUUGCUACAACAACUGAGCCUAUGUUAGGUACAAAAUACCAGCCCAACAGAGGUACCGGUUUUACAGUAUCAUUGAGGACCAUAAUCAAUGGUAGUGACGAACACUUGUGCAGCGGUACUAUAAUCAGCCCGUAUUGGAUACUAACAGCAGCCAGUUGUGUAUAUAAUCGUAACGUUUCAAGUAUUAAAGUUUUUGUUAAACACUAUGCCAUCAAUCAUACGGUUAUAUACGAUCACUAUUCACCCGAAACUAACGAAAACAAUAUAGCAUUGGUUCGCCUAAAGGACUAUAUUGUCGACAACUCUUUGAGCGAAAUACUAUCAUUAGGUGACCAACCGGUUGCCAACUGGUCACUGGCCUAUCUACACGAUUGGGAAACGAAAAAAUUUUAUUUUAUGCUAACUAUAAACGCCCGGACUAUCGAUUGGAAACAUUGUACUAGUAUAGUGUCGACCUACAACACCACCACCACCACCAACAACAACAACAACACAAAAACAAAAACAAAAAUACCGAUUAUUAAUAGUAAUAAUAUUUGUCUGCUGACCGCCAAAGGAGAGGGUGUCUGUCGUGCAGAAUAUAAUGAUGAUGUAGGCGGUGCAGUGACAGUAGAUAAACAAUAUGAUUCCGAUAAUAAUAUAAAUAAUAAUAAUAAUAAUAGUUAUCCAAGUAGAAAAACCAAAUUAAUAGGUAUAUUAUCGGCUGACCUGUCGUGCGGCCGACUCGACGGCGGUGGCGGCGGACAACCCAAAGUCGUUACCAGUAUUCUACCGUUUCUUCAAUGGAUAAACGAAAAAACCAAUAUAACUGCUAUUAGUAGUAGUAGUAGUAAUAACAAUAAUAAUACCGACAAUCGGCCGGUAAUUUGUUCGACAAAAUUUAAAUAUAGGGGUGGAUUUGGGGCAUCGAUUAGAAAUGAAUUCAAUGAACGUUUGUGCGGCGGAUCCAUCAUUGGUACGAAUUGGAUACUAACGGCUGCCAGUUGUCUACAUAAUCGUCCCUUAUCAAGCAUUUAUGUUGGUGUCGGUGAUGAAGAUUUCAUAUAUAAUCAUAGCUACUAUGCUGUCGACCAAAUCAUUAUACACGACCAGUACUCGCCAGUGACUAAACAAAACAAUAUAGCACUGGUUCGGGUACAACCAUAUAUUCAGGACAAUUCAGACGUACGUAUAGCUAGAUUGGCCGAUCAACCAGUUAUUGAGGACGGGACGGAAGCCGAAAUGACCUAUUGGUUAUAUAAAUCGAGAGGAACAAGUAAUGUCCGUACAGUUGGUUGGCAACAAUGUAAGUCUAUAAUGACUAACAAUAUUACCUACAAUAUCAACAACGACAACAACACAACACCAGUCAUCGAUAGUAACAAUCUAUGUUUGGCUAACUAUCAUAAGGAAAUAACAUGUAAUGGUGAUGUUGGUGGAUCAGUGACAAUUGAUAUACCAAAACAACAACAAUUAGACUAUUGUGGUAGUGCUUACGAAAAAAGUGUUAGACUAUUAAUCGGUAUACUAACCGAUAAUCUGUUGUGUGGUUCCAAUCGGCCAACUAUUAUGACAAAUAUUCAGCCAUAUCUACAAUGGAUUAAUCAGAAAACCAAUAUAACUGCUUUUAACUAUAGUAAUAAUACUAAUACAUUGAAUAGUGUAUUGGCUAAUAAAAAGGAUAGACCUAAAAAUUAUUGGCAACAUAACGGAUUUGGUUUGGGUUAUCCGGCAUCGUUGAUAAUCAACAAUACUAAACGACAUUUUUGUAGCGGUAGUAUUAUUGGUCCCAAUUGGAUACUAACGGCCGCCAGUUGUCUACGUUGGGUAUACGGCAAUCAAAUUUCUAAUGUUUUUGUUGGUGUCGGUAAAAAUGAUUACCAAUUAAAUCAUACCUACUUUGCUGUCGACAAAAUUGUUAUACACGACAAGUACUUGCCUAACACUAAACAAAACAAUAUAGCACUGGUUCGGAUCCAAUCAAACAUUACUUUCGGUGAUUUGGUUCGACCAAUACGAUUGGCCGAUGACAAUCAAUUACCGCACGGCCAUAACGGAACUAAGGCCAAGAUCGGUGCCGGUUGGGGUACUGAUUCUGUUUGGUGGUUUCUACAUACACUAGAUGUACAUAAGCUUGAUUGGCAACAGUGUGUGUCUAGGAUGACAUACGGUCUUAGCACUACUAAACCAAUCGUUGACAGUAACAAUGUUUGUGUAGUGGCCGACAAAGGAAAGGGUGCCUGUGAUGAUGAUGUGGGUGGACCAGUUAUAAUGGUUGUAAAAGAUAAACCACCACCAACUACAACAACACCAUCUACUACUACAACAAUAUCGUCAACAACACCACAACAAAAAUCCUUUGCACAACUUUGGAUUGAAGGUGAACAGAACAUGAGACUACCCUGGUUUCCCCAACCAUAUGAGACAUUAAUGGGUGUUAUGUCCUCCGGUAUGUCAUGCGGUUUUGAUAACCAACCCGAUGUUGUUACCAGUGUUGUCCCGUUUAGACAAUGGAUUAAAGAUAAUACAGGAAUAUAAAUAAUCAAAAAAAUU